AAACAAAUCCCCCCAUUUCGCAACCUCAACUCUUCCAAAAAGUUUCCCUUCUCCGCCUCUAUCUCGCUCCUUCUCCUUCUCCUUUUGUUUUCCCCUUUCCCUACGUCCCAUUUCUCUCAUCUUGGGACUCUCGAGCUGUCCAUCGGCGUGGCGAUAGUUGACGGCUCCUCCCACCCCUCCUUACUCUUCCACGUCCUGUUUGUGCAGGCGGUGUGUUGUGGUAGUGCCCAUCACUCGCGGCUUUCCGCCGUGUAAGUUCCACGACACCAGUCUGCCCUGACUGACGCACACCCCAAGUCAAUCAAUGGCUUCAACUUUGAACUCUGUGCCAGCUGCAAACAGCGCCUCUGGCAAUGCUGUCAACAGCUCAGCACAGAACUCUAGCAGACCUUCUCUAAGAUCGAGCGGCAACACAAAGGGGGAUGGUCGCCGACAAUCUGGCAGUCCUGUGGAUGGUGGUCAACGGCGCACAAACAACCACAAGGCUUGGACCCCGGGGACCAACCCCAUUACCCAACGCUCCUCAUAUGCUUCUCCGAAUGGCAAUGCGACUCGACAGUCUGGCUCCCCUCGGCCGGGCCAGAAAGAAUCCAACACCUCGGAUAGCCAUGCUCACGACCGACUAGUAUUCCUAUUUGCCAGCUUUAUUGGCCUACGCACUACCAUUACUACCAAGAGCGGGGAGAAGUUCACUGGUAUCUUCUCCUCCUCGAACUUGGAAGCGAGUGAAUCCUCGUUCCUUCUCAAGAUGGUGCAGCACGCCGCUCAAGAGAACCAGGGCAAGGCCAAUGGUGUGAGUGACACGGCAACUCCAUAUGUUGGAUCUGCCCCGGAACACAGCAUGGCAUUUGACAUUAAGGACGUGGCCGAUAUCUCUGUACCGAACGUGUCUCCGGCCGAGGUUUCGGUCAAGGAAUCAAAUGGCGCUGGUGGUUUCAGAACCGAUGCUGAUAUCUCUGGAAACCUUGCCAUGCGGGAGCGUACUCUGAAGCGCUGGGAGCCCGCCGAGCAUGAGGUGGAUAUGUCAUUGGAUAGUGCGGCUGGCGACCACAAAGGCUGGGAUCAAUUCGAGACGAACGAGCGCCUUUUCGGCGCAAAAACCAGUUAUGACGAGAACAUCUACACGACACGCAUUGAUCGCUCAGACCCAACCUACCGCCAAAAGCAGGUCGAAGCCGCCAGGAUUGCGGCCGAAAUCGAGGGCACUGAGGUAGACAAUGUCCACAUGCGUGAGGAGCGAGGUCUGAUAGCUCCAGACACUGGUGAUCAAGACGAGGAAGACAAGUACAGUGGAGUGCAACGUGAGAACAAGUCCUUCCCACCCCUGGUCUCUGGACAACCCAACAAAUAUACCCCUCCUGGUCGUCGCCAAGCCGGAGCUCAACCUGCUGUUCCGGCCAAGCAAGCCCCUACACCUCCUAUUCCAGCUACAGCUCAAAACGAGGAGGCUCAGCCUGCUGCAGCCCCCAAAGCCGCCACAGAGAUCGACCAAAAGGUUGAACCUAGCAAGGCUGUCCCCGUUGCUGCUUCCGUUUCUGCUGCUGUUGCUGCUGCUCCCCUCGCCAAGCAACAGCGUCCCAUUCCCGAGAAUGCCACUGCCAAUGUCGAGACAGAGGUGCUUGAUCACUUCCGUCAGUUCGCCAACAGUGAGAAGUUGAAGAUGCAGGAGCGCCGACGUAAUCAGGCGUCUUAUGAUCGGACGGUCAAAUUGAACGAACUGAUGAAAUUCUCCAAGAAUUUCAAGCUGUCGACUCCAGUGCCCAAGGACUUGGUACCCAUUCUAGCCAAGGAUCCUCACAAGCAAGAAGCCAUCAUCAGCCGCGCCCAGCAGUCGGACGAUAAAGCUUCGCCGAAAGCUGCCGCGCAGGUCACCGAACAGAAGCCCGCGGUGCGUGCUACUGGGCCCACCGGUGCAAUUCCCCCCUCUGCUCCAUCUGAUCGCCAGAAUUACCCCCGCGGCCGUCCGGGUUAUCUGCCGACCGGUCCCCUCGCAGGACCAAGUGGUCGGUACCCCCAGCAGCCCAUGCAGGCAGGUCGCCCAGGAACAGGUAUGCUCAGCCACCGACUCGCAGACAAUCUUCAGCAGCGCAAGGGCGCCGGCAUGGCUCCUGCUCCUGCUCCACUGCCCGUUCAAGAUGCUCGUGUGCCUCCUACUGGCCCUGCUAGCGAGCAGCCUCGUGUGACAAGCCCUGUCAAGACUCAAGCCCCCACGACUACUGCGGCCUCGAAAUUCAAUGUUCGCGCCAUGGAGUUCAAGCCUAACCCCGCUGCCAGCACUUUUACUCCCGGUGGUGCUGCUCCUGCGGCUGCUGCUGCUGCUGCUCCUCCUCCUCCUACUGCCCCCACCGCGGCUGCAAGCGCUGCCAGCGCUGCAAGCCCUCGUCCUUUCUCGCGAAACCGCUCCGUGUCCCGUGCGACCACUCCGUCGGCAUUCUUCGGUAUCAAGAAGCCAGUGCCAGCCUCGGAACGCCCCUCGAUUGACGAUCAAUUCAACCCGAUCAAGCGGAUGAAGAAGGAGAGCGCUGAGUCGGCGGAGAACAAGCCUUACCCGUCCAACGGAGGCAUCCCCCCUCCUUACAAGACUGCCCCUACCUGGGAUUUCCCCCCGGGCAAUGAAGAGAAAAAUUUCGAGGCGAUGUUUAAGCAGCCGGGUGGAGUGCCUUCGGUCUCGCCUCAGGGUCGGUCUGUUUCUAACAACCCGAACCUCCCCCAGCAACACCAGUUACCCUUCCACUUCCAGCAGGGCAACCCCGGUAUGCCUCCUUCCUCAGGCCCUCCCAAUGGUCCUCACGUCCACCAAGUGCCCCAUGGCCCUGGUCCGCACAUGGAAGAUCAUCACCGCAUGCAGCUGUCCGCGUCCUCGUCACAGGUCUUCCCUUCGCCUCGCAUGAGCCAGAGCCACGUCGGCUAUCCUUCACCCAUGGCUCCUCAUGCUCAGCUCGCUUUCGGCCAGCCGAUGCCGCAAUUCUACGGGGGCCCUCAACCGGGACACAUGAGGCAUUAUCAGAAUGGUCCUCAAUUUUCUGGCCCACAAGGUAGCAUGGGAGCUCCCAUGAUGGUGCAGAAUCCAUCCAACGGGCCCUACAUGGGUGUUCCUCAGGGUAUGCCGCCUUAUAAUCCCCAGAUGCAAAUGUACUCGCCUUCCCCUGGCCAUGCUUAUCCCCAGCAUGCGCCCCCGCCCCAACCCCACAGCGGCUAUCCUAGCCCCAGCCGCGGUGCGCCAAUGAUGAUGCACCAGAAUUCGCAGUCUGGUCAGCCUUCACAGCAAAUGAUGUUUAUGCCCCAGGGUCAGCCAGGACAACCUGGAUUCGGGGCUCAGCCGGGUCACAUGCCCGCUGGCCGUGGUGGUUACCCCCAACAGCAACCUCACUUCUCGUCUAGCCCUCACCAGGCACACCAUUUCCCACCUAACCACCGGACGCCAAGCAACGGCUAUAACCAAACACCUCAGAUGCCCCCUCAAAUGUCGUCCAACGCCCCCGCUAACACGGGAGCCGGCUCUCACGGCCCUGAGCCUACCGACGAAAGCAAAUGAGCCACGAAAAAUCCAUGAUUGUGUCUUCGGAGCGGGCGUCUUGUUUUGCUCACGCUGUAGAUGCCUAUUGCUGAGCCGUGUCGUGACUGAAGAUUAGCAGUUCUGGGUGUGGACUCUUCAUUUGUCUGAUCUCCUGAGUUCGCGACGUAUCUCGGCCUUCAUCUGCCUGUCGUCAAUGGGUAUUCAUCCCCCGUUGUACCGUUUGUUCAACUACAUGUCGGCACGAUACUUGGCAGCACAUUGUUCGAGGGGACAUAUGAAGCACCGUCUAUUCAUCACUCCGGUAUGGUCUGGCGAUAUACAAGACAAACAUACUCCUUGGAUUUCCAAAAGGGUUUGCCGCUGUCCCUGCCGUCUCAUGAGCUGCCACGCCCGUUACACGUCCCCAAUGGAGCUUCCUCGAAAGGUCUAUUUAACGUCCACUUGCAAACAUAUGAUAAGCAUUUGGACUUGAGGCUCUCCGUCAGAAUUCUCCAGUUUCUUCCCGGGUUUCUUCAACUGCCCUUGCUUGUGAUUUCUUGGCCUUCUUUCAAUUGUGGAUAUUAAACCUUCGAGAGGCUGCAGACCAGCUAUCUGUGUCUCUUUUCUCCUCUUUCUCUUCUCCAACUGCCUCCUCCGGGUGGCAUGGGAUCGUGUUGAGCUACGCUUCGGAAACAGACAUGAGUGAAUCAUCGGAUGAUCGGAUACUGUUAGGAGUGGAGAGGGUGCAGAGGCUGUUGCGAGUGCGGGUGCAUGCUGCCGUGGCUGAUAUCUGAGUGGUCUGGAUGAUGGUUGCUACAGUCCUACGGGAUGCAAUGAAUGAUUAUACUAAAUAUUAAAUUUCCAAUUCGCCACGUAGUUGUGUAUUUUGAGCUUGAAUAGAGUAUACAGCCAUUCCU